UCUCCUCCGGACCAACAGGUGGCGGUGAUGAGCUCCUCCUUCAACCGGAAGUUUUGACCGGAACCGCGCAGCGCCGCAUGCAGAGACUAAAUGGGUCCGAACCGGUUCUGGUGCAGCGGAUGAAGAGCUGCUCUCAGGAUGGAGUUUCAAUACCUUCUUCAUCACCUUCGUCUCUCCUCCUCCUCAGAGGAGGAGCCCCUCCCCUCCCACGCCCUCCCUCCAAUCACAGAGCUCCUCUCUCUGCUGAGUAGGAAGCUGAUUGGUUCAGCUGAGGCCUUCUGUGAAUGCAGCUCACUGAUUGGUCAGCUCCAGCAUCUGUUCCAGGCUGGUGAUCCUGAUUGGCUGUUGACUCCAGCGGUAGACGCUGUGAAUGGGUGGGCGGAGCUUCGGUCUGCGUACUGCUCUCUGAUCAGCGCUCUGAUUGGCUGUGCUGUGCUGCCGCUCUGUGAGGAUGACUGCUCCGCUUUAGACGCCGCAGCCUAUCAGAGCGUCCCAGAGCGAGCCGCAGCCGUAUGCUCCGCCCUCACUGCGCUGCUAGGCAACUGGACCGAAGAGAGCGGGGCCAAAAGAGGUGAAACCGGGUUGACUGGGCUACUGCUGGCUGUGGCUCCGCCCAUCUGCCUGUUCUCUGUCACUCAUUUCCAGGACCAGGCGUGGACCAGCGCCACCUCCAGGGCCGCCGCACGCCGUCUGCACCAGGCGCUGCUGAGGGCGGGCGGCUGGAGCGGCCCCGCCCACCUCCUGAUGGGGGACCAGCGCACAGGGGAAGGCGGGAUUCUGGAUGGCGUCCUGCAGAUCCUGCAGCCUCAGCUGACCCGGGACUCGUGGCGGCGGCGUGAAGACGUGAAGCUGUUGUUCUCAUGGACUCUCCUGCAGGUGACCCGCCCUUUCCUGGCCCCCUCCCUCCCACGCCUCCUCCCCCCCUCCCUUCUCCUGAAUGAUGACUACAGGCCGGAGAACUGCAUGCUGGGAGUCCGCUGCCUGCAUCACAUCGUCCUCAACACGCCCGCCGCAGACCUUCGCCAGUUCAACAGGGCCGAGGUUCUGUACCAGGCUCUGUUCAAACACCUGUACACCAGCGAGGCCGCCGUCGUCCAGCUCGCCCUCUCCUGCCUCCUCGACCUGCUGCCCGUGUUAGAGAAGCCCCCCUCCUCUUCCUGCCGCACCAAGCCCUGUCGCCAUGACGACGUGCUGCGUCUGGUGCUGACUCACAUGGAGGCCGAACACAAGGUGGCGCUGCGGCGCGUCUACGCGUCAGCAUUGCCGCUCUUCGUGGAGAGGAUGGGCGUGGCCUCCUGCAGACACCUGCGACGGUUGGAGCGGGUGCUUCUGGGAUACCUGGAGGUCAGAGAUCCACCUGAGGAGACCAGCAGGCUGAAGAUGCUGGAGGUUCUGCAGAAGACGACUGCAGUGGCGUGGCCACGGAUGGCGUGCCGCGUCGACAGGUUCCUCCGAUGUCUGCUGCGUCUGCUGGUGGACGUGUCGUCGGACGCCAGCCUUGGCGAACCGGUGCGGCAGCAGCUGAUGGAUCAGACCGCCGCCGCCCUCCGCCUGCUGGAUGGCUGCUCUCAGGGACGCGUUCAGCGGCUCCUCCUGCAGGUCGAUGGCCUCUGCUGCAGCUCCCAGGUGCUCAGUUGCCUGGCAACGGUGACAGCAGAGGCCACCGGCACACCUGGAACAUCUGGAGGUGGAGACGGACUCGGCUGAACCAAGUCAGAGGCUUCAGAGGAGGACCUAAACAGGAGGCCCGCUUUGGACCACAAGAACCAAACAGAAUCUUCUCUCACUGUGAAACGUAG